AAAAUUCUUUACUGCUAUAAUUAUACAGCAAUAAUUGUCUUUUCAAUUCAAAAUAUCGUAUAAUACUUAACCUAACAUUUGUAGAUAGGUAUAAUCGUAUAAUACGAACAAAUAAUUUACUCAACCUUGACUAUGGCAAGUACUGCAUUCACAUGAUUUCUUACACAAAUGAUUAUAUACGAAUUAUAUUUACUAUUGUUUUUUUUAAACAUCGUUUAUCCAUUUCAAACUAUAGUAACAAUCGAAACUUAUAAUAUUUUAAUAUUUUUAAAUUUAUUUUAUUUGUUUAUGUAUAAUUAUUAAGGACAUAUAUCUAUUAUUUAGAACCAACUAAUAGCUCAUCAAUUUAUCUUAAACUUGGAUUGUUAUAUCAAGACACAUGAUUAUUAAUUAUUAGUACCUAUACAAAACUAUAAGUAAGAAGCUGUCUUGAUUAUGCAACUGACUGGUUGAAAUUAACUCAUUGAAAUUAGCCAUAACUAUGGUAGGAUCAAUAUUAUUUUACUUACAAACCGCUAUUUACCUAUAUUAAUGACCCCUAAAAUAACCACAGUUUAAAGAGUUUUUAUAAAAUCAAUAGUUAAUAUUACGCUUCAUUUUUUUACUCAAAUAUAGCUAGAUAUAGGACUUAUAAAAAAGCGAAAAACAUCAAAUAUUUUUUUCUUUGAUGAAGUGAAUAUUUUUUUAUUUUAUUCAAAAAGUAACUUUGGUUACUAAGGCAAUUAGUUACGCACUCUACUGCUCCAGUAAAAUAGGUACCUACUCCAUAUCCCUACUAUUUGACAUUUUCAUGUUUAUGAUACCUCAUACUUACUCUGAGUUUAUAAAUAUAUAAGUAUUUUCCGAGAUACUCUAAAAAAAUCUAGUUACCCAAAAGUUAACUCUGAUUUAAUUAUUUGAUAAAUCAUAUGUCAUGAUAUUCAAUCGCCGUAAUUCCGCUGUUUCACUUUCUUAAAUUGUAAGCAUCAAUUCACUGCGUGUGCAUGUUGCGCUUGAAUAAAAUCGUUUUUAAUAAUCUUUUAUAAUAUACCUUUAACAAAUACCUCUAUGAAGUGUAAAAUAUUUUAUUUCAGCUGGUCUACAAUAAACAAUACAAUGGUACAUGAAAGUCGUUUCAAACCAAGAAUAUAUUUAUCUCAAAGUCCUUCCAAAUGUUCUAUAGUACUGAAUAAUGUGUUUAAAACACAUAAUCAUCGAAGGAUUUUCAAUGGAGUGAAUUUAAUUGCACACAGUGGUAAAAUAUGUGCUAUACUUGGUGAAAUAAAUAGCGGUAAAUCAAUGCUGCUUUCUUGUUUAGUUGGUGGAGAUGAAAUAGACAAAGGUCAUAUAUGGGUUCUUGGCGGUAAACCAAGAACAAAAAGCAGUAAAACAUUAACUAAAUACACUGGUUAUAUGCCUCAGCAAUUUUGUUUGUACAAAAACAUGUCAGUUCUAGAAUUGUUUGCAUAUUUUGGUAACUUAUAUAAUAUUAAUUACAAAUUUAUUCUGUGGAGGAUAAGCUAUUAUAAAGACAUUUUUACCCUACCCCCAAUUAAUUCCACUAUUCAAAAAUUAAGUUUCAGUGAAAAAAGAAUGAUAUCAUUUUUAAUAGCAGUAUUCCACAGACCUCGAUUAGUAGUGCUAGACGAGCCUACUGUUGGACUUGACAUUUUGAAAAAAAAUCAAAUUUGGAGAUAUUUGCAUCACAUGAUUACUACUUGGAAACCAACAGUUGUUGUAGCCACCAAUAAUAUUGAGGAAGCAUUUUUAGCAACAAAGAUAGCAUAUCUGAAAAAUGGAAAAAUUAUAUUUGAAAGAAAAGUAGAGGAAUUACUUCAAACAAAUCCAAAUAAGUCUCUAGAUUUAAUCAUAAAAGACCUAUACACCAGUUUAAUGUUUAAUAAUUUUGAUAAAAACGAUUCGAUCAAUUCAAAUCAAUCUGAGACACCGCGAAAUAAAAAGUUAAGUAUUUGUGAGAAAAUCGUUCCAAGAUCAAAUGUUUGGAAGUUCAAAACCAUUAUUAUUCAAAAUAUAAAGUUUUUAACUACUAAUAUUUGGUACGUAAUUUUAGAUAAUAAUUAAAAAUGUAAAAAUUAAGAGGAUCUCAAACUCGUAGAAUAUCGCAUAUGCGAUAUGCCCCUCAAAAUAUUUUUUUACACGGUUAUCCGUAUAAUUAACAAAUAGUCAGUAGACAAAACAGGUAGUAACUACAUUUAGGUUAUUAACUAGUAGAAUAAUUAAGAAACUAUGUUUGUUUGACAGAAAAUAUGUUUUUUUGGUAGUAUACUACGGGUGCAUAUCGAUAGAUUGGGGAUUCGACAUAAAUUGUACUCUACAAUAGUAUAGAGUUUAAGCGUUAAUCGUCAGAUAUUUUUUGGGAAACUUAUGAACAAACUUAUUGAGGUGUACCAUACUGACUAUUCCAAUUUAUUUCCCUAUAAAGUAUAAAUCAUCAAUUUUCAUUAAUUUUCAUUUUUAGCCACUGCCACUACCUAACCAUGAAGUCAACGCGAGACGACUGACAAGUUCCCAUCACCCUCAUCAGUUCUGUUUUUUUUAAUUUUCAUAAUUUUUUUCAUACGUUUGACUAUUAGUUUGCGUUUUUCAUUUGACCGGUCAUUCUGAUACACUCUGUCACCUUGCACAUUAUACGUGCAUCUAUAUCAAGGAUCACCAAUUAAGGUUUUUGGAGGAUCACUUUAGGAAUCCAAGAAGUUUUCUGUGGCUAUCACAAUCUAAUGUACCUACAUGUUAUUCUAAAAAAGUAAAUGCAAAAUCAAAAAAUAGAAUACAUUUAAAAGAAAACCUCAUUUAAAUCAUCAACAAUAAUGUGACAUAAUAAUUAAGAAAAUUAAUUUCUUGU